AUGGCUACCUCUGGCCAACAUGCUGUCGGAGAGAUCUGCUACAGUCCUGGGCUGAAUGUUUUCAACGAUGGUCUGAACUACGCCGAUUCUCCCCCACGAAGCAUGAUCAUUCAAGUGUCCGCGUUUCAGGAUCGAGUUGUAUCACAACUCAACGCCAUGCCGGCCAUACGCUGGCUCGACCUCGAGGACAGCUGGAGAUUGCCAAGGCCCAAUGAAGUGUACACCGGAGGUCAAAAAGACCAUCUAACUGGCCUUUGGAUUGGGUGGUUUCUCCCCGAUUUCCAGAUCCUUGACGACUGUCAUCCACACUCCAGCCGUUGGCCUCCCUUGCCCCCAAAACAGUGCGUGAACAAUCUUACGACACACCCAUCCCCUCGUCCCUUCAUCAGAAAGGCCUUCAAGGUUGUUUAUAAACCAGGACGGGAGGGGGACACCAAAUUCUUUGCCCUCUGUACCCCGGAUGCAAAUGGUAUCUGUCAGGCCAAGGUGGUCCUAGAGGGUGCACGGAACAUAUUCUUCUUCAAAGAGUGGAGAGAUGACGCUGUUCGCGGUAGUUGGGCUCGCCAGAGAACGUGGACGACCAAUGACAAGGCCGGAGCAUCCAGGAUCUACUCAAUGAUUAACGCCGCUACCAAUCAACCAGUUCACAGCCAGCAACAUACCUCUGAGUCCGAGUAUGAAGAUUGCCUCGAGGAAGAAGAUGAAGAAGAUGAUGACGAUGGACAAGAUGAAGAAUCCGAGUAUGCGGAAUCCGAGAUUGAAGGAUCUGGAUCUGAAGAAGAAAACUCGGAAGAAGACUUUGAACAAGAAAGACUACUGGAGUCCCUGCGCCCGAGUCCAUCAGAGUUCGCUUCGAACCCAGAGUCAGAAUCGGGCUCUUCAGACGAGGAUGAAUAUCACUUGAAUGGUCAAGCGAGUUGUAGAGGGUCCCAGCGCACACCGAAACAAGACAUCAAGGCGACUAUCUCAGCAAGAAUCGCCUCUAAGCCUCGCUCCAACCUACGACGCCGGCCCGCGUCAAGCCGCAGAUCAAUCCAUGUCAGUCAUAACCUGCUGUCUCGGCGCAACACGAACCGCCCUGGACCUGCAGACACUCUCGUGGGCAAUGUCGCUACAAAUCUCAAGAGAACUCAGAGUCCUAUGCAAAGCCUGAGUUCAAAGAGUGAGAAGAAGAGACGCAUUAACCUACAAGUCGAGUCCCCUCCUGACUCGACCCCAAAAAGACAUGCACCCUUGGGAGUUGACGAGCCGCUCACUAGUCGACCGGAGAGAGCUCAGCCUGCCAGCAGAACAUUCAUCAAGAACGAAGAUAUUCAAGACAGCGAUGAUGAGAUUCAGUUCAUCAAGGAGGUCCCAACACAGAGAUCUCAACAGAUGACCACUAAAAUCGAAGCAUUUACUGUGGCUUCAUCUGAGACAAGCAUCACCUACAUCAGCAAGUUUGUUGCAGCGGGAAAGCUUCUCCAGCUGGCGCGUCUUCCCGAUACUUUCUCUCGAAAGAUUAUGCUUGAAUCCUUCAGCAAGCAUUUGAAGUCGACGAACUUGGCACAGUUCGAUGCCCUAGUCAAGAGCAUCGUGGACUCUGCGGAAGAAGGCGUCCGCGUCAUGAUCGCUGAGACGCUGCAAGAGCAAUUGAAGGGCAGAUUGCCUGUCGUCAGUGGUGCUUAG